UCUUCUUCAUUGUAAACUCAGUAUGAUGUCUGCCAUUUUUCAUCAAAGACUGUCGGCAUUGUGAAUUCUGAUUCCGAUCACGUCGUAAUUGUAGUUUAAUAAAAGUCAUCCACUUUUAAUUUCGUUCAACGAUAUAAUAAUAUAAUUAACAAUGGCAGAUAAACUUGGAGACUUUAUAACACGAAUGUCCAAAAAUCCAAAUGGAAUGAAUUUAGCUGUUAAGCUCUUUGCAGCAGGAAGCGUGGCGGUUUAUAGUGCUGCAAAAUCUAUGUAUACAGUGGAGGCUGGACAUAGAGCAAUUAUAUUCUCUCGUAUAGGAGGUAUUCAGAAAGAAAUUCUUGCCGAAGGUCUUCAUUUUCGCGUUCCAUGGUUCCAAUGUCCAAUAAUUUAUGAUAUUAGAAGUAGGCCCAAAAAGAUCUCUUCUCCUACCGGAUCUAAAGAUCUGCAGAUGGUUAACAUUUCCCUUCGUGUACUUUCCCGGCCUGAUGCCAGUUCGUUACCUACAAUGUAUCGUAAUUUAGGGCUUGAUUACGAUGAAAAGGUUCUACCAAGCAUUUGUAAUGAAGUAUUAAAGUCAGUCGUGGCUAAGUUCAAUGCAUCUCAGCUUAUAACACAGAGACAACAGGUAUCAAAUUUAGUAAGAAAAGAAUUAACAGAGCGUGCACGUGACUUCAACAUAGUGUUAGAUGAUGUGUCUAUUACUGAACUAAGCUUUGGUAAAGAAUAUACUGCUGCUGUAGAAGCUAAGCAAGUAGCUCAACAAGAAGCACAAAGAGCAGCUUUUGUUGUCGAAAGAGCAAAACAAGAGAGGCAACAGAAAAUUGUACAAGCAGAAGGAGAAGCAGAAGCAGCUAAAAUGCUUGGUUUAGCUGUUAGCCAAAAUCCUGGCUAUCUAAAGUUGAGAAAACUUCGAGCAGCGCAGAAUAUUUCUCGCACAAUUGCUGCCUCUCAAAAUCGCAUUUAUCUUAGUGGCAGUGGUCUUAUGUUGAAUAUUCAAGAUCCAUCAUUCGAUGAUUCAUCAGACAAAUUAAAAAGUCAAGAAGAAGUGAGCUGGAAAAGUUGGAAUGAAACUACGCAAUCUGCGGUGAAAUCAUUACAAUCCAACCCCCAACCAUCGGUGAAAAUCAAUAAAAAGCCGUUAAUUCAAACUGCGCCGAUAAUUCCAGAGGAACAGUUAUCAACUUUAUUGGAUUCUGCGGACGAUGGUGCAAAAAUGAUAAUUUCUUGAAUUGAAAACCUAAAGGUUUAAAGAGAUCUUGCGAUGCGAGCUCGUCUUUUUUAAUUUAUUCCUUAUCCUAUUCCCAUCACCGAUACAGAAUACUGAUGAAAUGUUUUUGCAUUAGACUAAUA